AUGGGUCAAAUACUUUCGAAUCCAGUCACUGAGAAAAAUGAAGCCCAGAACGGUGAUGUUUUAACGUCGUAUGGGUUCUCAGAUAUGCAAGGUUGGAGAAUGUCUAUGGAAGAUUCUCACAUUGCAGACUUGAAUAUCCUUUCGAAGCUGGGCCAAAGCCCAGCUUCUAAGGAUCAUAUUGCAUUCUACUCUAUCUUCGAUGGUCAUGGCGGUUCCAAUGUAUCAAAGUUUUGUGGUGAAAAAGUUGUGAGUAUCCUACUGGGAUUGCCUUCUUUUACUGAAAAUAUCAAUAACGACUCAAGGAAAAGUUUUAGUGACAUUCUAGUCGAACUGUAUUUGAACGCGGAUAUCGAAUUGUUGAAAGAUCCUGUAUUGAAAAAUGACCAUUCCGGUUGCACAGCUACGUCGAUUCUAGUUUCAGAUUUGCAAAAAAAAAUCUAUUGUGCAAAUUCAGGUGAUUCCAGGACUGUCUUGUCAACUGAUGCCGCCGCUAAAGCCUUAUCAUACGAUCAUAAACCAACUCUAGCUUCCGAAAGAUCAAGAAUUGUCGCUGCAAAAGGUUUUGUCGAAAUGGACAGAGUCAAUGGUAAUUUGGCGUUAUCGAGAGCUUUAGGUGAUUUUGAAUUCAAAUCAAAUGAUGAAUUGUCUGCACACGAACAAAUCGUUACUUGUGUCCCGGAUAUCGCAGAACAUAAUAUCGAUUAUGACAAUGAUGAAUUUGUCAUCUUAGCUUGUGAUGGUAUCUGGGAUUGUUUAACCUCCCAAGAAUGUGUUGAUUUGGUACAUUGGGGUAUUAAAAAUACAAAAUUAAACUUACAAGAAAUUUCUUCAAAAAUAAUUGAUGUCUGUUGCGCUCCAACUACAGAGGGUACUGGUAUUGGUUGUGAUAACAUGAGUAUCACUAUCGUGGCUUUGUUAAAGGAUGGCGAAUCCACCGAGCAAUGGUUCGAUAGAAUAAGGAGCAAGAACCACGCCAGCCAUCUCUCCUUCGGCGAAAGAAAAAGAGCUAUCUUCACCUAUUUCCAAUUCCCACCAUUCGAUCCAAAGGUUGAUAUCAAUGAGGAUCCUGCUUUUGACGUCACUUUGAAGAAACCAACUGAGUCAUUAGACGACCAUGGCGCAGGUGACAAUAAGGUUGCUCCAAACGGCAGACCACGUUUAGGCGGUCCAAACGGUCCGGUUGAUUUAUUCUCUUUGGAAGCUUUAUUAGGCGCUAGUGGUAUUCAGCUAUCUCCAGUUAGCGGUGGCGAGGAUGGUGAUGCCAAUUCCCAAUUCGCUCAAGGUACUGCUUUAUCUGAAAUGUUGGCUUCUUUGACUAAUGCCGCCUCUGCACAGGCUGCUGCCUCUGCUAAUACGCAUUGUGAAGGUGAAGAUGAAGAUGUAGAGCUUAAAGACAGCGACGAUAAGAAAUUUGAAGAAAUUAACUAA